CUAAACACUGCUGAAGGAUUUGGAUUUGCUAUUGCACUCAAGUCACGGGGCGGCGAUGCAUGCUGAGGUUUUCCCGAAACCUAUCCAGACCAGCAACACGAAGACUUCAGAGGGGUAGUAGAGCAGCGGGGCUUGCCGUAAUAAUCACACGAUGCUGGGAGGUUUAUUGUCAAGGUUGUUCUAGAGAUGGGCCGCCGACCAUGUUGCUAGGGCGACCAUGGGCAGCGUCACACUGCGUUACUUCUGCUAUGGCUGCUUCUUCACCUCGGUGACGUGGUCCAUCCUCCUCUUCCUCUACUUCAGCCUGGGCCAGGACAGCCAGCUGGCACUGCACCAUGUGCCCGUCCAGGGGCCGCAGUCGCACCACCGCCUCCAGCCGCGCUACACCCGCGGCCCCGGGCCACAGCCGCGCCGGGACCGGGACAAGGGUGGGAAGGGCGGCGCCAAUGCCUGGAAGGCGGCCGAUCUCUCGCCAGAGAUGGGUAUGAUCUUCAACGAGCAGGAUCAAGAGGUGCGGGACAUGGGCUACCACAAGCACGCCUUCAACGUGCUCAUCAGCAAUCGCCUGGGUUACCACAGGGACCUGCCCGACACCAGGAAUGACAAAUGUAAAGAGCGGUCGUACCCUGUGGCCCUGCCGGCCGCUAGCGUGGUCAUCUGCUUCUUCAACGAGGCGCUCUCGGCCCUCCUGCGCACCGUGCACAGCGUGCUGGACCGUACGCCCGCAUACCUCCUGCACGAGAUCGUCCUGGUGGACGACAACAGCGAGCUCGCUGACCUGAAGGAGGAUCUGGACACGUACCUGCAGCAGCACCUGAAGGGCAAGGUGAAGCUGGUGAGGAAUGAGAAGAGAGAGGGCCUCAUCAGGGGGAGAAUGAUCGGAGCCUCCCAUGCUACAGGCGAGGUGCUGGUGUUCCUGGACAGCCACUGUGAGGUGAACGAGGCCUGGCUGCAGCCGCUGCUGGCCCCCAUCAAGGAGAACCGGCGCGCCGUGGUGUGCCCCGUCAUCGACAUCGUCAGCGCCGACACGCUCGUCUACAGCCCCUCGCCCAUCGUGCGCGGCGGCUUCAACUGGGGGCUGCACUUCAAGUGGGACCCCGUGCCCGCCGCCGAGCUCAGCGGACCCGACGCCCCCUUCAGGUCUCCUACCAUGGCAGGGGGGCUGUUUGCGAUGGACCGGCGCUACUUCAACGAGCUGGGCCAGUACGACAGCGGCAUGGACAUCUGGGGAGGGGAGAACUUGGAGAUCUCCUUCAGGAUCUGGAUGUGCGGGGGUCAGCUGUUGAUUAUCCCCUGCUCCCGCGUGGGCCACAUCUUCCGCAAGAGACGUCCGUACGGCUCCCCUGGAGGCCAGGACACCAUGGCACACAACUCCCUCAGGCUGGCCCACGUCUGGAUGGACGACUACAAGGAGCAGUACUUCGCCCUGCGGCCCGAGCUGCGUAACCGUGACUACGGGGACAUCGGCGAGCGGGUGUCGCUGCGUAAGCGUCUGCAGUGCCACAGCUUCAAGUGGUACCUGGACAACAUCUACCCCGAGAUGCAGCUCAGCGCACACAACAAGCCCCAGCAGCCCGUCUUCGUCAACAAGGGCAUGAGGAGGCCCAAGGUCCUGCAGAAGGGACGGCUGCGGAGUCUUCUGGCCGACAAGUGUCUGGUGGCGCAGGGCAGACCCACCCAGAAGGGAGGAGCCGUGGUGGUCCGAGAGUGUGACCCGCUGGACAGAGAACAGGAGUGGUCGUAUGACGAGGAGCACGAGCUGAUCCUGGCGGGGCUGCUGUGUCUGGACAUGUCGGAGAUCCGCUCCUCAGACCCCCCUCGUCUCAUGAAGUGCCACGGCUCAGGAGGAUCACAGCAGUGGACUCUGGGGAAGAGUAACCGUCUGUACCAGGUGUCGGUGGGCCAGUGCCUGGCCGUGCUGGACCCGCUCAGCCCCAAGGGCUACGUGGGCAUGGCCAUCUGUGACGGCUCCCGGGCGCAGCAGUGGCAGCUGGAGGGGUGAGGCGGGCAUGCAUGCAACACUGGCGCGCACGCGAGCGCCACAUGGCCAGAGGUACGAGCAGACGCAUAGCGCCCCCCGGCUGUCUGGAGGGGGAGGAGGCGCCACGCUGGCCAAGAGAAGAGAAGAGAAGAGAGGGAGGGAGAGAGAGAGAGGUGCAGGGGACACUGGAACACACACACACACACACACACACACACACACACACACACACACACACACACACACACACACACAGCGCAUCCUCGUGGAUGGAUAUGGAACACACUGCUCUGGGUAAGCUUCAGUGUUUUUGGAGGACAUGGAUGUACACUUACUCAAGAGUGUGCUGCAAGCAACCCAACCACCCUUUCACACCCUCCCCCUCUACCAACACACACACACACACGCACACACACACACACUCACUCACUCCCUUUUCUCUGGAUCUGUGCCUCUGGUGGUGGAAGACACUCAUGUGUUUCUUUUUAAUGUUUUAUUUGUUUAUGUAAACAAAUCUGGAGAGUGUAGGAAGUAUUUUUUAAAUGGUCUAUAUUUCAUAUAUAUUUUUAAUUUAUAAUCAUGUUGAAUUUCCCCAUCUGAAUUUUUACACCAAUUUGCACAGCAGAAGACAAUUAAGACACUUUUCUGCUUUUGAAAUCAAGAAGGAAAUGUAACAAGACAGUUCUGAAUGCCAGUAUUAGAUUUCCUAUUGUCUGUUGAAAUUGCAUCACUAAGCUACAUUAAUUAUGUUUAUCUGUGAUGUUUUACGCUUUUAUCGUCAUGUUUGGCCUUAAGUUGAAGCGUGUGUAUGUGUGCGAGUGUGUGUGCGCAUUUUGUAGAAAUACAUGUUUUACAUCUUUUCAAAAUCAUGUUGAUCACUGGAGUGCUCCCAUAUUUGCUACCUGUUCAAGACAGGAAGCUCAGCUACAGGAAAUGACUCGUGAUGUCCAGAUAACAAGUCAACAAGGACACUAAAACCUUCUCGUGUGUUUGUAUGUGUGUACAUUGCGUGUGUGUGUGUGUGUGUUUGGAUGCCUCAGCUGACAGCUGUAGUGCACUUCAUGCCCCCUUUUAAAGAGAUGAAGAUCAUUCAGACUUGGCUCACAGACUCCAUACUGACACACCCAAACACACACACACAGGUUUACACAGAAUACCGUGCCCAUGGAACUAGCAAAGAAAGACUGUAUGAAUGACCUGCAAGUGCAGAGCUCUGUUAUGGACCUGAUUCAGCUACCAGAGCGUAACUGACGGCUGACAGGACAACAGGCGGUCUGCGUAGGAUUGUGCUGAGGCCGAACGUGUUUGUACUGUACAGUUCAGUCUCAUGUUGUAUGCAUCUCGUUUUUGUAAAUGAUACCAAAUAAACAUGGUUCAUGCUGAUAAACAACCUCUUUGACCUA